AUGGAGGCUACUCAGAUGAUCAGUGACUCAUUCUUGGAGUCGGAUGAAGAAGAAAAUGAAGAGGAGAAUAAAGAUGAGAGGGGGCAACCACUGGCUAAACUGCGCAUCCUAAAAAAUGAGCACAUCCCUGCAGCAGAGUUGCCCCUGUUUUUGGGGGAAAACGUGCUUGGUCGUGACCCCAACACCUGCACCCUGCCUUUUCCAGCAUCUUCCGUAUCAAAGCAGCACGCUGUCAUCUGCAUCUCUGUCCACAGGAGAAGAGGAUCUCACAGUGAAGUGGAUAUGGAGGCUUUGGUUUGGGACAUAGGGAGCAUGAAUGGGACCCGCAAGGGCCGCUUAAAGCUGACCCCAAAUGUACGCUACGCCCUUAGUGAAGGUGACCGUUUGGUGGUAGCAGACAUCCCAUGUCAGUAUGUGAGUUGUGCUGUAAACACAGUAUCCUCUCAAGGGGACAUGAGGACUCCUGCGAGCAGAGAUUCAGGGGUAAAAGCCAUGCUGCCAGAUGCCCCGAGAAAAAACGGAGCUGACACAAGUACAGGCAGUGAGAAUUGUGUCAAUGGAGGUACAAACCCAUCAGCUAUAGUGUCAUUAUGUGAUCCAGAGGAAACAAGGAAGACUCCUGCCAGAACCACUUGCCUGUCUCUUGAACAAACUCCGACCCAGCCCCAGGGGUCCCUGGUCCCAGAAUCUGACUCAGACUCAGAUGGAGAAAGAGGGGGGCGAGAAGAUGGAAGGCGCAAGUGUCAAGUAUCAGAUGCUGACUCUCAUAAAUCCAGUCCCACCUGUUCUACAUUCUUGAGUCCCACAAACAAAAUUGUUCCUGAAAGCGAGGAUGAAAGUCCCAUCACACCGUCCUCCUCCACUAAAAAUAGGCCAUACAGACAUGUCAGCUUCAGCAAGGAGCUGCCAGACAUAGAUGUGGGGCGACAGCAACUGAAGAAAAAAGGGACAUUUGAGAUUGUGGACGACAGUGAAGAGGAGAGAGGGAGGGAGGAGGAAAGAGCAACACCAGGAGGGACAUUGCUUGAGGAGAGUGGACAAGAUGUGCUAGUGAAGCAGGAAAACACUGUCAGUGUUACAAGAGAAGAGGAAUUGCCUCUGUCCACAAGAGCAGUCUCCACAGAUGUGAUCCCUGCAUUUAACAUGGACAGUGACACUGAUGUGGAGGGAGAGGAGGAAAACGGGGCUUCUGUGGCUCCUGUGACCUUGAAUGCAAAUCAACAAGCGGAUCAACCACCAAACACGGCCCAGUUUCACAUGGACAGCGACACAGAUGUUGAUGAGGAUGAAGAUACCUUUGACAAAGGUCCCAAAUCGGUGCCUUUCUCUUGUGACAAUACCAAACCUCCUCAUGCUGUCCCAGUUACUCAGCCUGAGGGCAUCACAAUGGACAGUGACACUGAUGUGGAUGAUGAUGCUGAUAUGUCAGACACUGCUGCAAAAGCAAAACCCACAUCCUUACUGAGUGCACACACAGCUGAUUCUGCUCCUCUAACGCAGCCAAAAGAUUUCCACCUAGACAGUGACACAGAUGUUGAUGAAGAAGAGGAAAAUGAAUGUGGAACUAAUAACACAUGUUCUGAAGUUGAUGAAGCACCCACCAGGACAGAUUUAAAGCCCACUGGGUCUGAAUCUGCCCCUGCUGCUCCUCACAGCCUGAACAUAGAUAGUGACACAGACGAUGAGGUGAUCUCUGACCCUGCUAUUAAUGAACCACUGGUUGUGCCUGCUGUUACAGAAUCAUGCACCACUGCAGCUGCAGGAGCAAGUGACAGUGAUACAGAUGCAGAAGAGGAUUCUCCUCUGGUUAUACCCAUUAAUAUCACAGCUUUGUCAGGCACUCCCAAUUCCACGUCAGCAGACGCUCAGUCAGAUUCUGAUGCAGAAACAGAUGUGGAUGAGCCCAGCGUGCCCCCUGCUGGAGAUGGGCACAAUCCAGCUGACCUCAAACUGGACAGUGAUACAAAUGUGGAGGAUAAGGAGGUGGACCUGGGAGGGGCAGGAGAGGACCAGAUCCCUAGCCUACACAGAAAAAACACAUCUGGAUUGCCGGGUUCUCUAUGGCAAAAGUGCUCUACUCCUGUGCAAUUUUCAGAAGGAGAAGUGGAAGAGAUGGAAACUCAGGCCUUCCUUAGUCCCUCUUCAGGUCCAUUUAGACGUGCAAUGGGCCCUGUUGUAAGACCUGUAGUGUCUUCCUGCUCAGACAGCCUAGAUGAGGACUUUGUUGUGGCUGAGACGCAAUCCUUUAUUCUUCAGACCCGUAAUGACCAUGCCAUGGACCCCACCCAAGCUUUUUGUCUCGAGUCUUCUGGCGACGAAAGAGAUGGACAACCUAGUAGAGGAGGGUCUUUCCAGCUCGGAUUGUCAGACAGCAGCCACCUGCAGUGUCAGGCUGCAGCUCUGGCCAUGGAGAGCACCCAAUCGUUUGUCUCGGUGGAUGGAGGUGUGAAUCUGGAAGAUACCCAAGCUUAUGCAGCCACCUCAACUUCAGACAGAACAUCAGUGGAGAAUGAUCCAAACCUGGAGGCCACCCAGGCCUACGGAGGGGAUGAGGAGCUUGCCAGCAGUCCAGUGACAUUUGAGAAGGAAGGUCAGCUAGAUUUGGCUCUAGAACCAACACAGGCAUACAUUUCUGGGCCCUGCAGUGAUUCAGAGGAUGAAACGGAGGAAGAUGACAGAAAAAACCUUACUACUGCUGAGACUCUACCUUUAGACUUUCCCACCUCAUCUACUCUUGCCAUGGCUGAAACCCAACCAGUGUGUGCCUAUAGGGAAGAGGAGAGUUUGGCAACAGUGAGUCACAUUUCCUCUAAAACAGAAGCAAUGGUGGUACACGGGAUGGCAGCUCAACCUGAGGAGAGGCCUGUGAGUGGAGCUUUGUCUAUAGCUGAAACUCAGCACAUAUGUACAAGUGAAGAUGAGGACUCAAUUCCAGGUCCACGGAAAAGAAAAGCAAAGCAGCUUGAAGAAGAGACGCAGCCCAUCACUCGUUCUGACUAUUCUGCUAUUGAAACCCAGCCCAUGCAUGUAGGUGCAGAUGAAAGUCAUCCCGUAGUUACAAGUGGAAAUGAGGAAAGUGAUGAUGAGGACUUGAUUCCAGGUCCACGGAAAAGAAAAGCGAAACAACUGCGACUUGAAGAAGAAGAGACGCAGAUGCUUGUAAAUUCUGAGCGCUCUGCUGCUGAAACUCAGCCCAUAGAUACAUGUGAUGAUAAGGAAAGUGAUGAUGAGGACUCGAUUCCAGGUCCACGAAAAAAAAGAAAAGCAAAGCAGCUUGAGGAAGAGACACAGCCCCUCACUAGCCCUGACUAUUCUCUUGUCGAAACUCAGCCCAUAGAUACAUGUGAAGAUAAGGAAAGUGAGGAUGAAGACUUGAUUCCAGGUUCACGGAAAAGAAGCGCAAAGCAACUGCACCUUGAAGAAGAAGAGACGCCGGCACUCUUAAAUUCUGCGCUCUCUGCUGCUGAAACUCAGCCCAUGGAUACAUGUGAAGAUAAGGAAAGUGAUGAUGAGGACUUGAUUCCAGAUCCUCGAAAAAAAAGAAAAGCAAAGCCGCUGCAGCUGGAAGAUGAGCAGACACAGUCCCUCACCAGGUCUGUUGUUCCUGCUGAUGGAACCAAAGCCGUGCUCAUAGGUGAAGAUGUGGAAAGUGAUGAUGAGGAGUCAAUUGUAGGUCAACGAAAAAGAAAGGCAAAGCCACUGCAACCUGAGGAAGAAGAGACACAGUCGCUCACAAUUUCUGAGUCCUCUACAGUUGAAUCUAAGCCAGUGAGAACAAAUACUGACCCACAAACUCAGAGAGGAGAGGGGGGACCAUCUGAAGCUCAAACCAGUUGCAUCAGUGUUACAAGUAGAAGAGGGACAAGGGCAAGAUUAAGAGAAGAGGAGAAGCAGGCAGAAAGUUCUGAACCUCCCAGGAGACAGACAAGAGGGAAUAAAGCUGCUCCAAGUACCAGAGGAAGGAUGAAAAAAUCCAGGCCUGAUGAGAGUGAGGAAGAGGAGAAGGUAGAGCAGCCUAAGAGGACUAGACGGAAAGCAUCCAUGAGGCAACAGAGAGAUGAUGGGAAAGAAGAAGAAAGGCUUGAUAUUGAAAGAAAUGAGCAGCAGCAACAAGAAGGGAUGUUGGGAGAGGAGAAAGAUGUUACAGAGCCCAGACAACAAGUGAGAGAACAAAUGGAGGAGGAAAGGAGGAAGAUUAAUGAGGAAACAGAGAGACGACAGCGGGAAGAACAGCAAAGAACAGAAAGGACAAGGCAAGAAAAGGAAGAACAAGAACGAUUACAAGCCGAAAAAGCAGAGAGGUUAAGACUUGAACAGGAGAGAGCAGAAAAGGAGAGAAUAGAGCGGGAAAGACUAGAAGAAGAAGAAAGGGAAAGAGCUGCUCGGAUACAGAGGGAAAAAGAAGAAUUAGAAAGAAAAGAGAAGAGUGAAAAGGAGAGAUUAGAGCGGGAAAAAGCAGAGCGAGAAGAAAAGGAUCGAUUAGAGAAAGAAGAGAAUGAGAGAAUACAAAGGGAAAGAAAGGAACAAGAGGAAAAAGAAAGAUUGGAAACAGCAAAGAGGGCAGCAGAAGAGCAGAAGAGAUUAGAGAAAGAAGAGAAUGAGAGAAUACAAAGGGAAAGAAAGGAACAAGAGGAAAAAGAAAGAUUGGAAACAGCAAAGAGGGCAGCAGAAGAGCAAGAGAGACUUGACAGGGAGAGGAAAGAACGAGAACACCAAGCAAGGCUGGAGACAGAAGAAAAGGAAAGAGAAGAAAGGGAAAAACUGGAAAAAGAAAAACAAGAAAAGGAAGCAGAAGAAAAACUAAGAAAGGAGCUUCAAGAUAUCAAGGAAGAAGUGAAAACACCAAACGAUGAUGAUCCAGCAAGGAGGACCAGAUCUCGCUCCAACUCUGUCAGCUCUGUCAGCUCUGAGAGGUCCGCUCUAAGUGUCAACACCCAGGGGAGUAGAGGGAGAGGCCGAGGGAGAGGCCGAGGUAGAGGAGCAAAGAGGACCAGUGAGCCAGUACAGGCCCCCCUCCCAAGAGGCAACAACAGGAGGAGGACAGUGGCUGCAGAGCUGUCUGGCCAGGGACAAACAUCAGAACAGGACAGCAAUGAUGUUUCUCCUCAAGGAAUCCUUUCAAGGUCCAACUCCUCCAACUCCCUCAACUCUGAGAUUUCCAUCAGCAGCACCAGCUCUCAGAACAGAGGAAGAGGAAGCAGGCAGCGAGGAAGAGGGAGGAAAACAGAGCCCGAGCCCACUCCUCUUGUAAGCUGUCAGAGUGAUCAGAGUUCACCUCCCAAACCCACAGCAGCCAGAGGCAGGAAGAGCAGGAAAGCAGAGGUGUCCUCCAAUGAGGUUUCUCAUGAAGGUGAUGAAGAGAAGGCACCGUCUCAGCAGCCUAGUACCACUAGGGGGCGGAGGCGAGCUAAUUUAAAUGAGCCUGAACCUACAGCUGCAUAUAAGGAAGGCCAGUCAAGUCAGGAGGAAGGACGAGCCAACGAACACUCACUUCUGGCUAAAAGGACUGUCACGGGAAGAAGCCAAAAAGCAUUAAAAGGUGAAAGUGUAGAGGUACCUUUCGCUCCUGCACUCAGUGAUGAAGGUGAGGCUAAAGACAAAAGAAAAGGAAAGAAGAAAGAGUUGGAGGCAACUGCAGAGGCUGCCCAGACAGCUGAGGCAGCAGGGGGAGAUGCAAAAGUGGCUACCACACAAGCUAUGAGAAGAGGCAGAGCAUCCAGUGUACAGGGGAGUAAGAAUGCCCCCCCUGAAGUGGAGGUGAAAGAUGAGAGUGAGAAAACGGAGGUGGAGAUUGUUGAGAAGAGAGCCAGAGGCCAGACAUCAGUGGUCCAAAAAAAGAAGAAAGAAGUGCAGGAAAAAAGUGUCAACCAGGAUACAAAUACGACAUCAGAGCCUCAGACUCCAACCAGCCGGAAAAGACAGGCCCCUGCGGACUCCUCUCCAAUGGCAAAGACCCCUCGCUCUUCCUCAGCUUCUCCGGCAGCUGGAGGUCGACUACGAGCUGUCAGCCAAACCUACAAGGUGUUGUUCACUGGGGUCAUGGAUGAAGCAGGAGAGAGAGUGCUGGCACGUUUAGGAGGCUGCAUGGCUAAAGGCGUAGCGGACAUGAACUGUCUGGUCACUGAUAAGGUGCGGCGGACUGUCAAGUUCCUGUGUGCAGUGGCUAAAGGAGUCCCCAUUGUCACCACACACUGGCUGGAAAAGAGUGGUAAAGCUGGGAGCUUCCUGUGUCCCAGUGCUUUCGUUGUGAAUGAUCCAGAGCAGGAAAAGAAGUUCAAUUUCUGCCUGCAGGAAUCUCUGAGGGUUGCCAGCAGUCAGCCUCUCUUACAGGGAUAUGAGAUCCACGUUACAAAGUCAGUGAAGCCAGAGCCAGUUCAAAUGAAAGACAUCAUUUCAUGCAGCGGAGCCAAAUUUCUUCCCAAGAUGCCUUCUACACACAAGCCCCAGACUGUAGUGAUUUCCUGCGAGGACGACUGGUCGCUAUGCGGCCCGGCUGUCUUGGCGUCUCUCCCAGUCGUCACUGCGGAGUUCCUUCUCACAGGGAUCCUCCAGCAGAUACUUGACUUUGAGACCCAUAAGCUCUCUGGCCCUACAGCUAACCUGCAACCUGCAGGAGGCAAAGGGAGGGGCAGGAAGAAGACAUAGCGUCGACAAGGCUGCUUGUGAAAACGUGCAAUUGUGCGUCACCGUCUAUGUGUGUGAAAUCUGCGCUAGCAGGGUUUAUUCAUCACAGAUAGAUUCCCUUUUCAAUCAGAGACCGGUAGAAACACUAGUGACUCAGUUGUUCUGUCUGAAUGAAAGACGUGAGAAUGUAUCAGCCAUAUGAAGCAAAAAUGUUGAAUGUCUACUUGCAUUUUGUACAUUUUGUAUGUACAUGUCAUUUUACAGUGUUAGUGUCUAAUGUUAAAAUCUCAUUUAAUAUGCACAGCAGCCUGGUUGUCAAGAGACUGAUGUGAGAAAUGAAAUUUAGGGAUAAAAGGACAAAAUUGUCUCUAGCCUUGACAAAUCCACUCUUUUCUCAUGUAUUCUGUUGCCAAGAAAAUGUAGUUUUUGAAGUUACUAAAGCAAAAGGGAGAGGAGGAAUAAUUACUCAUUAACCAUCCAUGUCACGUUCCCCUCUGCUCCUCCCCUGUGCUCCACCCCUCCCUCUGUACAACAAUGACAAGCGGAAUAGGAAUUAUCAGAUUGUUGAAUUGUUGCUGCUCUCUACACUUUGCAAGAGGUUUGAUGCAAUCAACUAUUUUGGCAACCAGACAUGAAGUGGGAGUUAUAAGAAAUAUGAUAAAAAUGUAGAAAACAUUCAACGGUAGAAACGAUAGGUGUGUUGAAAUCUGUAAUCUUCGAUGGCCAGUAGAUGAGAAAGCUUAUUCCAUCCUGAUAAGAAGCACUUAGUGGCUUUUCAUACUGAGGCAAUCAUGAACCUAGCAGUGUGUUUGUUGCUAUCUCCAUUUACCAGCACCACCACCUACUCCAUUAAGGCUUCAUCCAAUCCCAUUACCGUCGGGGACAAGACACAAUAUAUGCACCUGACUGCUGAUGCUGCUUCUCCAUCAAUAUCUUAUGGCGUUUGUCCUUGCCAUUCAUUUGUCCACUGUCUGUUCACUUUUUCUUUUUUUUUGCAUAAACCUUUACGUCCACAACCACAUGUGCUUCUG